AUGUCUAGUCCACACGGAUUGGAUCGUCCAGCUGUGAUUUUUGACAAUGGGUCUGGGCUCUGCAAAGCAGGCCUGUCUGGAGAGAUUGGGCCCCGCCACAUCAUCAGCUCCGUUGUGGGGCACCCCAAGCUCAAGACGCCCUUGGCAGGGGCCAACCAGAAAAAGUACUUUGUGGGGGAAGAGGCCCUGUACAAGCACGAGGUCUUGCACCUGCACUACCCCAUCGAGCGGGGCAUUGUCACGGGCUGGGACGACAUGGAGGGACUCUGGAAGCAUCUCUUCGAGUGGGAGCUGGGCGUGAAACCCAGCGAGCGGCCAGUGCUCAUGACCGAGCCCUCCCUGAACCCCAGGGAGAAUCGAGAGAAGACGGCGGAAAUGAUGUUCGAGCGCUUCGGCGUGCCUGCCUUCUACCUGUCGGACCAGGCGGUGCUGGCCCUCUACUCCUCGGCCUGCGUCACUGGCCUGGUGGUGGACAGCGGGGAUGGGGUCACCUGCACCGUCCCCAUCUUUGAGGGCUACUCCCUCCCUCAUGCAGUCAACAAGCUCUACGUGGCAGGCAGGGACAUCACGGAGCUUCUCACCCAGCUGCUCCUGGCCAGUGGACGGACCUUCCCAUGCAUGCUGGACAAGGCCCUCGUGGGUGACAUCAAAGAGAAGCUGUGCUACGUGGCCUUGGAGCCAGAGAAGGAGCUCUCUCGGAGGCCAGAGGAGGUCCUGCGAGAGUACAAGCUGCCUGAUGGGAACAUCGUCAGCAUCGGGGACCAGCUGUACCAGGCGCCCGAGGCCCUGUUUGUGCCUGAACAUCUGGGCAUCCAAAACCCGGGGCUCUCGAAGAUGGUCUCCAACAGCAUCACCAAGUGUGACACUGACAUCCAGAAGAUCCUCUUCGAGGAGAUUGUGCUGUCUGGGGGCACCACUCUAUUCCAGGGGCUCGAUGACCGCCUGUUGAGGGAGCUGGAGCAGCUGGCGUCCAAAGGGACCCCCAUCAAGAUCACGGGCCCCCCUGACCGGUGGUUCUCUACGUGGAUCGGGGCCUCCAUUGUCACCUCUCUGAGCAGCUUCAAGCAGAUGUGGGUCACUGCUGCAGACUUCAAGGAGUUCGGGACAUCCGUGGUCCAGAGAAGAUGCUUCUGA